AUGGCUCAGAAGAAAGGAGAUACAUUGGACUCAGCUGACGCAACAUGUUGCCGACCACAGCGCAAAAACGCAGUUCUUCACUACGUGGACGAUUUCGUAGAGCCUGCUGUGAGAGCAUACCGAUGUGUACAGGCGAUGGCCAGGCAGCAGCAAAACUUGGACGAGAAGGAAGUGUUGGCGGUCAAGCGACGAGUGAAAUUCAGAGGAUUUCAUGUGGUGACAGAAGAAUUGUCAGAGGUAGAGGCAGAGGAGGAUUGUGGACGCUACGGGACGCGAUUCGCCGGAGGAGAGGCGAGGGAUCCAGAAAGAAUUGCUGACAUCUCGUGA